AUUUAUGAUCAAUGUCCGUAGACCGGAUAGUACACACAAGACUCAACUCAACACACAAAUACUACUUGUAUUAGUUUUAAUUUUUAAUUAGUACCAGCUACAAGUCAACAUUUUUCUCAUUUGUGAUUUACUUCAGGUUUUAAAAUGUCUGCAGCCCAACGUGUUCAGCAAUGGCUGACAUUUAGCAGACAAUGGUGGUUAUUUGAUGCUAAAUGGCAAGAUCCAUUCAAGUCGGGUGUCACUAUUGCAAACUAUUUAAAAGGAACUCACAAACCAAUUUUCGGUGGAUCAACUGACACUGGCGAUCAUGUCGUCGUUAUUAAUAGUCAAGACAUAGCCAUGAAAGGGGAUGAUUGGUAUUACCGAGUAUAUUUUCACCACACGGGUUACCCAGGAGGUGCAACAUGGACGAAAGCUUAUGAAUUACAUCAAAAGGAUCCGACAAUGAUUCUUUGGAAGUCCGUCUAUAAAGUGCUAGGGAAUAAUUUGCAAAGACGUCCACGGAUGGCGAGACUACACAUUUUUAAAGAUGGACAAGUUUCUCCCCAGAUAUUGGAGAACGUUUCGAACCAAAUUAGACCAAUACAGAAAGUGCCCAAGCGUCUUGAUCAAUACGGAAAAGAAGAGAUUGACAAUUUCCCUAAACUCUGGGAAUAUCCAAAGGAUUAUGUAUUGAAAUAAUGCAAAUUAUAUUAUUAUUCGUUUAGUUAGUUAUAUUGUAGGAUUGAUUGUUUGGUCUGUACAAAGUUGCACCUGGCCAAAUAUGCAAUAAAGUGUUUUCUAUAAGGCGA